UUUUAACUUUAACUUACGUAAUUUAAAUAAUUUAAAGCAAUCAUUCGAAUCAAUUUGAUUGCUAUAAAGGGCAUCUCUGCGGCUAUUGGCGUCUUUCUAGCGCUCGUUGGCCAAGGCCGGGCGAAUCUCGACAUCAUUACCCUCAAUACUAAGGGUGAUGCGUGGAUUCAGGAGGCCAGCGCUACACUAGUUCUGGGAGAUGUCCCUAACCCAAUGGCAGGUGACGUUGCCUUGUGGAGCGCCAUCAUGAUGGAUAAGAGGGACUUCCUCCAGGGAGUUACUGAGAAUGCGCUUAACAGCCCGUACUGUCCUAACCUCGGCAGUAAAUGGUGUAACUUCGCGUGUACCCUCGCUCCCGGAAUGCCAAGAACGGUUCACCAGUUAGCGCCGCACCCGGGUCUCGAAUUAAGACGCAUUGCAUGUAUAAUUCGGAGUUUACCUCCUACAUGAAUGAUAACUAAC